AUGGCCGUUACUGUCAUCACUUCAAAGGAUCAAUUCGAUCAAAUUGUUGACAAUGAACAAUCAAAAAAAUUAAUUGUCAUUGGCUUCGUUAAUGGGUCAAAUGACUGCCAAUUUUUCAGUACAGAUGUUUUAGGUAAAGUUGCAAAAUAUUUCACAGAAGAUGUCCGUACUACUAAUCUUGAAUUUUAUCAAGUAAAUAUUCAUGAAGGUGCAGAUGGUGCUUCAAUUGCUCGAGAACGAGGAGUUGAUACAACACCAGUCUGUCAUUUUUACAAGGAAGGUGAACUUAUUGAUGGAACUAGUGGUGCUAUUGGCAAUCCAAUUAGUGAAACAAUUUAUAGGAUUCAUGAAUUUCCUAUUAGAGAUAAAGCGAGACCAAAUCAUGAUAUUUACCAGCGGGCUCAACAAUAUUAUGGACCAGGGACCGGGUACUAUUAA